AUCUAUCUAGUAUUGUUAUAUUGUAUGUGAGUUAUAAGGUUAUUCAAGUAAUUUUUUCUAUAUCUUGUUGCAAGCUUAUUAAAGCGGUACGAUCGAUCUAAUUGUAACAUUAGAUUAUAUAAGAUUUACUUCAUUGAACGUUUAUAAAUCUACAAAUAGAUUUAAUUUUUUCGUAUGACGAAAAGUGAUCCAAGUGAUCCAUGUAAAAAGUUUGCAUGUAAAUUACAGCAGUGUUUAAAAGUCGAUUAAUUUUAGAUAACGUAUAUCAACCAUCACGUUGCGAGAAAGUACUAGAGGAAAUAAGACAGUGUUGCAUCAUACAUUUUGCUUCUUCAAUAGUUUGUGAUGGUAUAGAUAUUUCUAAACCAUACGAGCAUAAUACUGUAGAUUAUAGAAAAGCUCAGAAAUAAGAUUCAUCAUGAUGAACGAAAAUUUAAAAACUAACAUAUUCAGAGGUAUUAAUGCUUUUGGAAUAGGUCUAGUUUUAUGGACCUUAUAUCAAACUUCACAAGUACCAAAACUUCCAAAAAAGAAAUCAAAGUAAAUUUAAUUUAACAUUUUAACAAGUAAUGUCUCAUAAAUAGUAAAUUUAUAUGUUUACUUAUUUAAUAUAUAUAUACAUAUAUAUAUAUUGAUAUGUAAUAAAUAAUAAUAUGUAGUUAAAAAUGGAAGCAGUAAAAAAGGCAAAAGAACGAUUUAGAAAGUAUCCUAUUAUUGUUGCACAAUGCCACGAAUCUGGAGCUAAAUAUGCUGCAUGUGUAUUGGCAAAAUCCAACUUACGAAAAGAUGAUUGUGAAAAUGAAUUUAAGGAAUUUAAGGCAUGUUUAAUGAAAGCUGCUGCAAAAAAUAAUAUAAGAUUAUAAAAACAGAAAAGUAGAAUUUUAUUUAAUGUUAAAAGAUAUAUUUAAAACUUCAAAAUGAAUGAAUUAUCAUUUAAGACACAUUGUAUAUUAGGUUUCUUACUUAGGGUUACUUUAGUUUUUUAUUCAAAUUAUCAUGAUAAAACUUUCAGUGUUCCAUACACUGAUGUGGAUUAUAAGGUAUUUACCGAUGCUGCACGAUAUAUAACAGAAGGAUCAUCUCCAUUUGAGCGAGAUACAUAUCGUUAUACACCAUUAUUGGCUUUGCUUUUAACGCCAAAUAUUUUCAUAAAUGAAAAUUUUGGAAAAAUCUUAUUUUCUUUUGUUGAUAUUUUGGUAACCAUUUUGAUAAAAAAAAUCUUAAUUUUACAAAAUUCUAAUAAGCAACAUACAUGUACCUUUAUAUGGCUCUAUAAUCCUUUCACGAUCGUAAUUUCAACCAGAGGAAAUGCAGACACUGUGACAGUCUUUUUAAUUAUGCUAACUUUAUAUUUAUUUUUGAAAGAUAAAUUCGUUUUAGCAGGUUUAUUUCAUGCCUUAUCAAUCCAUUUUAGAUUAUAUCCUAUAAUAUUUAGUAUAUCUAUAUAUUUUUCCCUUCGAGAUAAAAAUUACUUUAUACCAAACAAGAAUCAGUUAAAAUUAGUAAUUAGUUGUAUAUCCUUGAUUAUUUGUUUAACAAUCAUUAAUUACUAUUUCUAUGGUUAUAAAUAUAUUUACGAAAGUUUUAUUUAUCAUAUUACACGCAAAGAUACGAAACAUAAUUUUUCUGUUUAUUUUUACAUGUUAUAUUUAUCUGCUAAUUAUCCACUUAAUAUAAUUGAAAAAAUUUUCAUGUUUUUACCGCAAUUGAUAUUGCUCUUAUUAUUAUCAUAUAAAUAUUCAAAUAAAUCUUUAUUGCCAUUUGUAAUGUUUAUACAGGCCAUGAUAAUAGUAACAUAUAAUCCGGUAUUAACAUCACAAUACUUUUUUUGGUAUUUAUCUUUAUUGCCAUUAUGUCUUUCACGGUUUGGAUUAAGCAUUUAUAGAUCACUAUUUCUAUGUUUUAUUUGGAUCCUUAGUCAAAGCAUUUGGUUAUUAGCUGCAUAUUUAUUGGAAUUCAAAGGAUUGAAUACUUUUACGUAUAUUUGGAUAGCUAGUUUAUUUUUAUUCGUUGCCAAUAUUAAAAUUGUGAAUGAUAUCAUUACGUACUAUAAAUAUUGAUUAGAAAUUAGAAAAUAACGAUUAUUUUAAAUUAAUUUUCAUAUGUAAUUCUUUAUAUAAUUAGAAAUAAAAUAUAUAUUAUAUCCAAUGUGAAAUUUUGUGAAAAUAAAAAAAAAAAAAUAAACUAGAAGCUAAAAAAAAUCUUUAAACUACUUAUUUUACGAAUAUUUAAAUAGUAAUUGUAAUGAAUUUAAAUUUCAAGUAUUAUUUAAAAUACGAAUAUUUUUAUUAUAAGCGUUAUAUAAUAAGACAUAUCCGUUUCAGUAUAGAAAAUAAUUAUAGCAUUAAUAAUGAUUGGAAACUUAAAACUUAAUUUUACUAAAUUUUAAAAUGAUUAAACUAGAUUUAAGAGUAUUAUAUUAUUAAAUAAUAUGUACAAGUUCAGAAAAUAGCUAGUUAAAGAGAAAGAUAGGAUAAGAAUCGAUGGUCUGCGCCAUCUUUUGAAUUCUAAAGAAAUUCUAAUCCUUUCAAAAGUACUCAAGAGAUGGUGCUGAUUUCUAAAUUUUUAUCUUAUCUCUGUCUUUUUUCUAUUAUUUGUUCUUCUUUUCUUCCUCUUAGAGCACAAUCAUAAAUGCGAUAUAGAACAAUAGAAUAUAUUUUCAUUAUUUUUUUUUAAAGCUACAAUGUGUCUUAACCAUUAAUGUAAAAAAUAUAGAUGUUACAUUCUCGAUUUUAUAUUAUAUCUUUAGGAUGACGAUGUUACAAAAUAUGGUAUGCCCUGAUAUCUAACAUGAAUGUUUUGACGCGAGACACCGCUCGACGAUAGCGGUGAAAUUUAAAACCUUGUAAAGGGAGUAGGAAGGAAUUUUAAAACAUUCUAAGUUUAAAAACGAUAUUAUUUGAAGAUUUAUUUGUCGAAUCUAUUUUUUUUUUUUACUAUCAGAAAUUUUGAUUUUGUAUUAGGAUUUUGUAUCGUAUAUAACGAGAAACAGUGGCACACAAAAUUUUUCUAUAUUCAAGAAUAAAAAUUUUUUACGAGACAUAACGUGUAUUCAUAAUCCGUAUUUAUGUUAUGAAACUAUCAUGAUUCUAAUGAUAAUGGUAGAAAUAUUACAUACACGAUUAAUGAUUCGUAAUUUUAUUCUUGCAGGAAUACAAAAUACUUAUUUACAGAUGGUUUUGUAAAGUAAUAGUGGUAGAUUUUUAAAAGGAAUGUAGAUAUAGUAAUAAUAAUACAAUAAUAGUAAAUCUUAAUGUAGUAAUCUAGAUCAAUUGUGAGCAAGAGCAUCCUUUGGAUCAUCUUUAGAAAUAUUUCUGUCAUUUAUUUCUAAGCUGCUAAUGUGAUGAUAUUAAUAUUAUAGGGACAUUCUUCAUCAAAUUAUAUGAGAAUGCUUCUCACAAUUUCUAACGACAUUAUUCAAACGAUAUUCUAUUAACUUCAUUUACAAAAUGUAACAAAAUAUCAUCGACGAAAUAUCAUGACUGAAAAAAGAAAUUUUGCGAUUUCUUCGGUAAAUAUCCGAAAUCCACGAUAAUACAUAAUAUCUACGAUCUAUCGCGUUGAAAAAUUGAAACGGAAAAAGAAAUGGCCCAAUUGAUACACGGAAUCGUAGUAAAGGAGUGAACUGAAAUAUAUAGUUCGUAUAACUCUAGGUCACCACGGCAGACGAUGCAACAUAUAAAAAUAGCAUUAUUUUCUUUCAUUGCUUUCGUUUACAGUUUAUUAAACUGUGUGCUAUGUGAAAUAA